ACGUAUUAUGCAGUCAAACUAUCGGGAGAAGUUACUAGCAUUAACCCUUCUAAAUUUCGCACGGAUGCGCAGGCUGAUCAUGAUCCACACUGGUCACAAAGGCAGAAUCAAUCGUGUCCAGCAUGAUAAGGGUUAAAUGAGUUUCCACUGUUGCCUUGAGUAUUUUGAAAUACAAAGGUAUUAUUAUUUGAAAAAAAUAGGCGAAUAGUUUCACCUAGUGCAUACUUCACUUCUUUGCAUUUCAUGCUGUCAAUUCAGUUGCAUAUGCAGUGAAAAUAGUUAGAUUUCGUAUUCAUGAAAUACGUUUUAGAGAUUAAAAUAAAUUAUUAAAUGAUUAUUGCCCACCUAGUGUUAACUGUCAUAUCGUGACUGACUUGGGGCGCAUGCGUAUAUUCUAUAGCAUGAUAUUAGACGUAAACGUUAGUACUAAUGAGAAAUGUUACUUUUUUCGCAAAUAUGAGCUGUAACUGUAUGAAUGGAUGACCGUUUCUGUUUUGACUGUCAUCAUUUUUAGACCCAAAAUGAACUUUUUAGGAGACAGGAAUUUUAUCCAAACAAUAAUUUAUUUGACAAAAAAUUGCACAUUGAUUAUUUUACGAGCAUAACUAACAAACCCAAUAUAAAUGCCUAUAUAAGCAACGACGACAAUUCCUCUUAUUAUCAUUGAAGAAAAACAAAUAGUAAUUUAACCUUAUAAGCUUAUCAGAUUUCUGUGCGCGAGACUUCCACAUGCUGACAAGUUCGCAACUUACAAGAAAUCGUGCAAGAAUGAAGCGAAUCACUGACAUGUUGGAAUUUCUGCCUCAUGGUUCCGUUACGAGCACGUGUAUUGUCGGUCUGGUUGCCGGGCUCAUCGUGUAUUGGGCGAUACAAAAGUGGAAGUACAAGUAUCCACCAGGACCCUCUGGACUCCCUCUCCUAGGAAAUGCAUUGCAAAUAGAUCAAGCUAAGCUGCACGAGCAAGCGUUUGAAUGGUCAAAGAAAUUCGGACCGGUGAUAACAGUCGGCACAGGGCCUAUUCCAACUGUGAUUGUGAAUACACUAGAAACUGCAAUGGAAGUGCUUGUGAAAAGGUCAACAGAUUUUGCUGGACGGCAGCAUUCACCUUCUAUCGACGCAUUUAGCUACGGAGGAAAAGACAUCGCCAUGGCCGACCAUGGCCCAACAUGGAAGCUUCACAGGAAAAUUGCAUCGAAAGCUUUACGUCAUUAUAUGCAAGGUGAUGCUUUACAAAAUCGAGUUCAUGAUGCAGUCGAAACAACCUUGUUUGAGAUUGACCAACUAUCUGGAGAGUUCGAUCCGUCAGAAUAUAUCAACUUUAUAGUUGGAAAUAUACUCACAGGACUUUGUUUCGGAGGAAAGUACAGCUUUAAGGAUAAAGAAGUCAACUACAUUCUUGAGAAGGAAGACAAUGCUUUCAAAGAUCUUGGCUUAGGGACAUGGGAAGAUUUUAUUCCAGGACUUAAAUAUGUCUACAAGUCAAACACGUUUAAGAUGAUAGAAGAAUUCUUGGAAGACGUGGUCAGUGGUUAUUUAACUAACAAACUGAGAGAGGCUGAGAAAACAUUUGAUAAAGACAACGUCCGUCAUUUCACAGACACUCUUAUCUUAGCCCGUAUGGAAGCUAUGGAAGAAGAGGGUGCAGAAAAACUGAAGUCGCUAACCGACCAACAUCUGGUGCAGACGCUAUCCGAUAUUUUCUUUGCUGGUAUAGACACGUCAAGAUUUACCUUGAGUGGUGCAAUACUUCACAUGGUGGCCUUUCCUGACAUACAAGAAAAGGUGCAAGAAGAAAUUGACAGAGUUGUUGGCAGGGAUAAACUCCCUGGCAUUAAUGACAGGCCUAAUCUUGGUUACACGGAAGCUGUGUUGCAUGAAAGCAUGCGCCUGGGAACAGUAGCUCCAUUAGGAUUACCACAUAUGACUUUGUGUGACACUGAAGUUGCUGGUUACAGGAUACCAAAGGGUACAACUGUUAUAAUAAAUCACUGGGCCCUACAUCAUGACCCAGACGCUUGGGACGAUGUUGAUCGCUUCAUUCCAGAACGAUUUUUAGACGAGAAUGGAAAGCUGGGACCUAAACCAAAGAACUGGUUGCCAUUUUCAGCGGGAAAAAGAGUAUGCCUCGGUGAAUUCGUAGCAAAACCGGAACUGCAUUUGAUAUUUGCAAGCUUGAUGCAGCGUUAUAAGUGGAGAAUGAUUUCUGGGAAGUGCCCGGAUUUAGCGCAAGUUGGCGGUGCAAAUGGUCUCAUCUACAAGCCGUAUAAGGUCAUCGUAGAAAAGAGAAUUGAAAUGAAACAGAAGAAUGAGGCUUAAAUAAGUUACAAUGUGCUUAAAUAUAUACUCAGAAUUGUUUUCAUGCAUUGUUUUGUAUGUAUUUCAAAUGUCUUAGUAGUUCAUUCAUAAUGGAAGUUUUUGAUCUAUUAUUUCGUCUACAGGUAUUCACACACUACUGUAGUAACAUUAUGUCUAGUGAUAAACCGAUUUGUGAUACACAUGUAUGAGAUACAAUGUGUCUUUCUUUCAAAUAGAUAGAUAUAAAUGUCAGACAAAUAACAGAAUCUAAUUACAACUUUUAGUAAACGAAUUCAACCAAACAGUUCGUCUGCUUAAAGCAACACUGCAUUUAUCAGUUAGAAAAUUUUACCACUAAUUCAGAAAUUAUAUAUCAGAAAUAAUAUAUUUGCUUUUAAUGGAGAAUUAAAGAGGUCUAAUCCAUUUUAGGUACUGUAAACAAUGAUAAAAUUGUGUUGGGAAAUGUUUUGAAAUGACGUGAAUAAAGAAAUCAUACGAUGUCUCAGAAAUUUCAGCAGUGUGUGUAUCUUUAGUCCUACAAAUACUGCAGACUUUUCGUACAUUUGCAAGUCGUCCAUACAUGUUUGCGCUGUUAACACACGGGUUAUAGCUUUAUCAGAUCAAGUGAUUCCGAUGAAUUUAACGCAGAACAGAUGGAGAAAUAUGGCCGAAUUUAAAAAUUUCCGGUCUUGUAUGUAUGAUUUAAAGGAAUUUCCACCAGAAUUGAAUGAAAAUAAUGGGUGCACCUGAAGUGCUAGACUUACAAAGUCCGUUGAGAUCAAGUUAUCUGUAAUAAAGUUUAUUCUUUCUUCAUACUGACACUAAUAUUUUCCAAGAAAAAAACAUUUUCUCUCUAGGCUCAUCUCAACAGAGUCAGAGGUUAGAGAUAUUGUAAAUUUUUUAGAAUGUGCUAUCAAAGAGGAUUGAUUUUAUGGCCAAGUGCUUUACAUUUAAUGACUCUAACGACUGAUGCCAGUCUACUGAAGUGCAAAUGACUCCGUUUCUUAGCACAUGUGUCCAUUUAGCUGAGAUUUGUGUCGUUUAUUCAAGCACUACUGUACAGCCAGGCGGGGCGUGGGGGGGGGGAUUUUUUUUUCUCGAGUUUUUGACAUUUUGACAAUAUCGCAUCAUAUAUAUUGCUUAUCGGGAACAAGUAAUUAUUAAAACACUUCUUAUCUAAAAGGCUGUCUCUUAAACAAAGCAUGUGUAUUUUCAUAGAAUUAUUCAGAUUUGUUUCAGAAAUAUCGACCGAAAACCUAUCGCAACGCAGUUUCAGGUGGGUCGCUAUGCAACAUAGUCAAAUGGAUACCUUUCUUUGCCGGACCGUCACUCUCUUAUAAAAUGUCAUUCAUGAUCUAUGUUAACCUCAUAUUUACCAUUAAUGCACACUAAAUUUCAUGUGAAUGUACUUACAGUUAUUUUUCCUGCUAAAAUAAAGUUUUCCGUUCAACUUG